AUGCUGCUCCAAGACCGCACGAUCAAAUACAGGUCCGCACUGAAAUACUUGUCGGGAGGAUACUUUAUUAAACAAGGUAACAUUUUUUUUUAUUUUUUUUUAUUUUUACACACAUAUUUUGGUUUAUCUUCCUUCUACAAUCAUUAUCUGAAAAUUAAUGACUCAACUUCAAAGUCACCCUUAUAACUAAACAAGAUGACUGUAAUGUGUUAGUUAUAUAUUCUUCACUUCGUCUAUACAAUACAUAAGAAGUAGUUUGGUUGCAAUAAAGUAGAAUCACGUACCUGCAGCCCUUAUACAACCUCUUAAAUGACUGAAGUGUCCUAUUAGGGUACAAACAUAGUGGAACGACGAGGCUAGAGGCAUAGCGACGAGGUAAGCGACGCGGCUUUUAUUUCAUCGUAAGCGACGCGGCUUUUAUUUCAUCGUGUAUUGUAAUGAAACCAAACAUAGGGUACAAACAUAGUGGAACG